AUGAACCUGACGUUGAGUCUAGGCGUCAAUGGUGGUGGCGCCGCGGCCAAGAAGCGCAAGGUGAUGGACGGCGCAGGCGACGUGGGCGUCCUCGGCGCCGGUGACGGCGGUGAUCGAUCCACUGUCAUGCGGCUCCUCCAGGCCAGAGAUCGCAUGGUCAAGGUUGAGCUUGAUCACGACGACGGGGAUGUGAGUGAUCGCGGAGCCUCGCCGCUGAUGCGCUUGCUCCUCUCGUCGGCGGUCGCCGGGGAGGUCGGCGACACGCACGCGGCGGCCGUCGCCCUGCAGGAGGUCUACCGGCAGGCGUCCUUCCGCGGAGGCGACCCCGCCCAGCGUGUCGCGGCCUACUUCGCGGACGCGCUGGCGUCGAGGCUCCUGCUGCCGCCGCCGGCGAAGGCGAAGACAACGACGACGACGACGACGACGACUCGCGAAGAGCAGUUCCUGGCGUUCAUCAUGUUCUACCAGGCGUCCCCGUUCUACCAGUUCGCGCACUUCACGGCCAAUCAGGCCAUCGUGGAGGCGUUCGAGGCCGGCGGCCGGCGCCGCCUCCACGUCGUGGACUUCGACGUCUCGUUCGGCUUCCAGUGGCCGUCCCUGAUCCAGUCCCUUUCCGACGCCGCCACCACCAGCUCCUCCCAGUCCUCCCAGGACGGCAGCGGCGACUGCUGCGACGAGCCGGUGUCCCUGCGCAUCACCGGGUUCGGCGCAAGCGCCGACGAGCUGCGGGACACGGAGGCCAGGCUCGCCCGCUUCGCGGACGGUUGCCCCAACCUGCGGUUCGAGUUCGAGGGCGUCGUCAACAACGGGCCGGGGGACGGCCGCCAUGAGCGCAUCAAGAACGACCCCGCCGCGACGGUGGUCGUCAACCUGGUGUUCCCGGCCGCACAGAACGCGAGGCCGAGCUCAUGGGAUACCCGCAGCGCAUUGGCUCACAUCCGGUCUCUGAACCCGUCCUUGGUCUUCCUGAUCGACAAGAUCGACGAAGGAAGCGGUGGCAAAGGUGCCGGAAGAUGCGGAAGCGCGAGCCUGCUCCCGCAGUUCGCGGCCAACCUCCGGUACUACGCGGCCGUGUUCGAGUCGCUGCACGAGUGCCUCCCGGCCGACAGCGCCGAGAGGAUCGCCAUUGAGAGGGACCACCUCGGCGUGGAGAUCAGUGACGCAAUGGCCUCUCUAGACCGUCGGCGCCACAACGGCGAUCGCGCGGCGGACCAGAUCAGUCGCGGUUGGAAGGAGAGGCUGGAGAGCGCGGGGUUCGAAGACGCGAGGCUGAGCUCGAGGACCGUGAGCCAGGCGAAGCUGCUGCUCAAGAUGAAGAGCGGCGGGUGCGGCGGCGGCGGGUUCCGCGUCAUCGAGGCCGGCGACGGCAAGGCCAUGGCGCUGGGGUGGCGAGACAGGGCCCUCAUCACGGCCAGCGCGUGGCGGCCGUGCCGGCGAUCGGUCGGCAAGAACGAGCCCUGA